CCCCUGUGUCAGACUUCCAAACUGUGGGCUGAGGGUUGUCCCGUUGGAGUAAUAAGGAGCUGUCGGCCCUAGGAAAGCGCAGGUAUCAUUCAUCAUUCAGGUUCCUACUGUGGAGGAACAAUGCCCUCUGACUGACACUAUCUGGAGUAACUAACCACCAUGAACAGCGAGGAGGAGUUCUAUGACGCAGAGACAGGUUUGGAAUCAGACGACUCCUGUGAAGUUAGCUUUAAAGAUGCCCUGGUUUACGAGGGUAAACAGACCUCCAAUGGCAGUGCGCCACUGGAGAAUGGAGUGUGGGAGCGCAGGACAUCCCUUCCCGCCCCCAUGUUCUCCAGAAAUGACUUCAGCGUCUGGGGAUUCCUGAAGAAAUGCAUCGGCAUGGAGCUUUCCAAGAUAACGAUGCCCAUUGUUUUUAAUGAGCCACUGAGUUUUCUGCAGAGAAUCACAGAGUAUAUGGAACACACAUACCUCAUCCACAAAGCUUGCACAGUCUCUGACUCUAUAGAACGGAUGCAGCUUGUAGCUGCAUUUGCUGUCUCUGCGGUGGCUUCACAAUGGGACAGAACUGGAAAACCAUUUAACCCAUUAUUAGGAGAGACAUAUGAACUCACACGGGAGGAUGAGGGGUACAGACUGAUCUCAGAGCAGGUCAGCCACCACCCGCCCAUCAGUGCGUUCUACGCUCAGUCACUCAACCAGGACUUUGACUUUCACGGAUCUAUUUACCCCAAACUCAAGUUCUGGGGUAAGAGUGUUGAAGCUGAACCCAAAGGCACUAUGACACUGGAGCUGACCAAGCAUAGAGAGGCUUACACCUGGACAAACCCCCUCUGUUGUGUACACAAUGUAAUCCUGGGUAAACUUUGGAUUGAACAGUAUGGAACAGUGGAAAUAGUCAACCACAGCACUGGAGACAAAUGUGUGUUGAACUUCAAGCCGUGUGGGAUGUUUGGCAAAGAACUGCAUCGAGUGGAAGGCUAUAUCCAGGACAAAAAUAAGAAGAAGAGACGCGUUAUCUAUGGCAAGUGGACGGAGUGUUUGUACAGCAUAGAGCCAAAAGUUUAUGAAACCAAUAAGAAAGCCGAGAAGAAAAGUGGAGGGGAUUCAAAGAAACACAAGCAGGAGCAGAGUUCUGGUGGUGAUGAUGCUGAUGAAAUGCCAGAUGUUCAGGAGACAGUCGUUGUGAUCCCAGGGAGUACACUGCUGUGGAGGGUAGCCCCGCGCCCCCCCCAUUCUGCUCAGAUGUAUAAUUUCACCAGAUUUGCCAUGACUCUGAAUGAACUGGAGCCUGGCAUGGAGCAGGUCUUGGCGCCCACAGACUGUCGUUUCAGGCCUGACAUUAGAGCUAUGGAGAAUGGUGACAUAGACACAGCAAGUCGAGAGAAAGAGAGACUUGAGGAAAAGCAGAGAGCUGCACGAAAGGAACGUGCUAAGGAUGAACAGGAGUGGUCCACCAGAUGGUUCCAGCACGGCACAAAUCCCUAUACUGGCAAUGCUGACUGGAUCUACAAAGGUGGCUACUUUGAUAGGAAGUACUCAGAGCUUCCUGAUAUCUACUGAUUGACUGGGAAGAGCAGGAGUAACGUGACAUACUCCUGGCCCAUAUCAUCUCAUCUCAUCUCCUCUAUAAGCUCCUAUCAUCAUAAUGUUCUUUUUUCUUUGCCAUUGGAAUGUGAGAUUCAAACUAAUGGUUUACUGGACUAACAGAACCUCCCCUCCCCCCUCCACAGAAACUGUACUGGAAUCUGGGAAUUCAUGCGACUGAAUUAAUUUAUUUUUAAAGGUAGGGAAUGCCUUAUAAAACUGCUUAAAAUUGUUAUACUCAAUAUGUGUAAUUUUGUUGUUUUGUUCAGUCCUUCCCCUUUUUCAUGAUCCACUCUUUUUACACUCAGGUAUUCAUUUUAUGGGUACAAAUUGUCACUGAUGACAAUGCUAUGAUGUCAUCAGCAAGGAGAGAAAAUAAUUGUAUGGCUAUAUACUGUGAGAUUACCCUGAAAUUGGAAAAGAAGAAUGUGAAAAAGAGAAAAUGUAAAUGUAAAUUUGUUUAUUUUCAGACUCAUGCAAAUGUUUUAUCAUCUUAACAGUAUGUUAUAAUAUGUCCAAAAUUGUGACCUCUGUGAUGGUAGGCAGGACUCAAGAACUGACAGUGAGAAAAUUGUGAUCUUAUUGGUGACUGUAAUGAGGAUGACUGGACUUUGUAGAGAAGGUGGGUGUGGCUAAGCCAGCCUUUCUGUUUGGUUAUAACAUGUUCAGUCCCAGUGGCAGGGCUCACUCAGGCCAGUUUUACUUUAGUCUUUAUGGAUACGGGGAGUUUACUUAAACACAUAUGCUCAAUCUCCACAUGCAUGCUUGAUAAUGUUACAAAUCUGAUUGUAUGAUUUUUUUUUUCUUUUUUGUGACUAGAUAAAUGAAAGCUGCUUAUAACAAUGUUUACUUAGAAGGUAAACACGUAGUUUUUUUAAUGAUAGAGAACUAAUUAACAGUACUUAAUAAUCCAGUUAAGAAGAUAAAUGUAACCAUACAUUGGUUUUUGUGUGUUUGUGGUUGCCAAAGCAAUUUUUUUCUUGUAGAAACUAAAGCCAUAGAAUUCGUUAGGACUGCAAGUUUGUAUUUUGUGGGUGACGUACAGGUGCACAAAUAGAUAUACUGACAUGGAGAUGGGUGCUAUUCAGUUUUUAUUUUUAGCACUUGUGACUAGUGAGUGUCAAGGUGCUUCACAUCAGCACACACACACACACAUAUAAACACAAAUGAAGAUAAUGGGGAAAUAAAUAAGAGAGGCACCACCAUAUUCAGACACAGAAACUCAAAUACUGUGCUUUGGACACAGAAAGUGUCAGAAUCUAUGCAAACAUCCAUCAAAAUGUCUGUCUGUCCUUGUAAUGUACGUUUGGGAGAUGUGUUGUUUUAAAAGAAUGUCAUUGUUCAUGUAAAAUACUUUGGUUAGCCUUAUGCAGAUCAGUCAAGCAUGUUGGUCCCUUUGCUUAAGGUUUUGUCGGCUGUUUUUUGCACAGCAUUUGGGUGUUCUUUGUUUGGGCAUAAAGUUUGGGCUAUAGUACGGCGUUUAAUGUGGGGGUGUUGAGUUUGGGUGGGAGGUUGUUUAUAUGACUAAAUAUUAAAAAAAAUUCCCCUAUUCCAAAAUAAUAUAGUCAGUCCCAAAUAAUUGAUAGCUGUUGUGUAGUGUAUUAGUUUUUAAAAAAAAUCACUCAGUAAUGUGGUCCAUGUACAGUAGACUAGAGGGCUGUAAUGAAAUCUCUAUAGAGUUUUUGAACAUUUUUAGUAACAUAUUUGAUCAGAGAGGUGAACAUAUAUUUAUCCUCUUUGAUUUAUAUAAUGUAGUUUGGCAUGUCUAAACAUACACUAGAACAUAUUAGUCAUUAGAUAUCAUACUGUUCCUGAGUAUCAAUUUAUUUUUAUUACAUGUGAACAGAGAUGCCACACCGACUCUGAAACAGAAACCUGACCCUCUUGUUCAGCAAGCAGCUAAAAGCAUAACGUGAAAGCCCUAGACACUGAUGAUGUGUACAGACGAGAAUGUUGACUUUCGUCCUCAUUUGCUCCAUAGUGUGUUGUUAUCUGCAUCUGUCACUGUUGCUGUUAUAAGAUCAUGCUUAGUUAAUGUAUAAAUAGACCCAUGCAGGUCACACAAAAUGCAGCCAUGUAAAGCAGACAUGUAAUGUUGAGAAAUAUGGCAUUUAGCAUCAGCGAGGUGGAAAAUCUUGGGUGUAAUGUUAAAGGUGUAUAAUGUUAUCAUUGUUGAAUGUGACACAUUGAAUGCCAGCAUCAUGAAAUCCAGGAUUUUACAAACACUAUUUAAAAUGUAGAAAUAUAUGUUCUUUUACGCCUCACAUGGAGGCUUUACAUAGUUGCAUUUAAUACAGUGUGGCCCCCUUUUUUACUACAAGUGGACAGAAUCACACAAAACUGGUGAUCAAAGUACUGUUCACUGUCUAAUGUCAUGUAAAUCUAGUCAUUUGUAUUCUAGCAAUA